AUGAACUAUACUACUUCCAAAUUACCAGUACUACCAUUCGAGAUCAUAGAGAAUAUCCUACUCUACCUUAUGGAUGAUGAAGAUACUUUGGACUACUUACAAACUGUUCCUGAAUUGACAUCGACGAUAAUCAAUUAUCGGCGAUCAACAGUCAAUGUGAGUAAGACUUGGACCUGGCUGCGUGGUGGAACUUUCACCAUUGAAGACUUUUAUCAUGAACGAUUGCAUUUAAAUUACAAACCUCGUCUAGUGGUGUCUGAUAUUUUGUCCGUUUGUCAGAUACUUGACCUGGGUGUUGAUUUACAAGGGAUCAAAUUCAAAAUUGACGUAGAGCCAUACGACACCAACGAACAGAUUCAGAGAGUCAUUUCAAAUGUCGACUUAUUCCAACUAGGCAUUGACCGUACAGUUAAAGUGAAUUCCGACUUGAGACAUUUAUGUGUUAGCAGAUGGUCCACUAAUUUUCCACCUGAACUUGAAUCAUUAAAUCUUGAUGGGUUCCUUCCUCAACUCAUGCCCUACGUGCCACCAACAAUAACUAGAUUACUGCUAACUGACCCACACUUAUAUCCACCCCAAAGUCAGUUACCGACUUCGAUUCGUGAGUUGCGAAUUGAAGAACAGAAGAUUUCGCAAGUAUCGAUAAACGUCACUUAUUUGGUCAAUCUUCGCCUGUUCGAAUUCAAAGGAAAUGUUGAAAAGGGCUUUUUGAAUCACUUGCUGGACAUGCAAUUGCCUACCACGAUCGAAAGUUUGUCAUUGGAAUGCACAAGAAUGGUGUCUUUAAAUGGAAUAGAAUCUUUUGCCAAUCUUCAGAAAUUGAGAGUAAUUGACUGUCCCAAUUUGAUAUUAUUUUUCACACCAGAGUUUCCAUCGUCGUUGACCUAUCUUGAGUUUAGCUUUAAGAAUUGUCGCCAGAAACUAUUUGAAAGAAACCGUGUUGUUUUCCAAAUCCCUGGAAGGAGUCCACUAGAUGCAGUAAGAUUUGUGUAUGCCAAUGGAGGGUUCAUACUUGCUGUUGAGGACGAAUUUAAUCCACCACCACUGUUGAAGACCUUAAUAUUGAAAAAUCACCAAGAAAUCUAUUUUGGUCCUAAGCUAAACCUACCAAACUUGCAAACAUUGGUGGUGGAGAAGAUUUUUAAAUUGAAUUGUGGCAGAUUACUUUCAGGAUUAUCAACAUGCGAUACCUUGAAUGCAUUGACAUUGAAAGAUUCAUCGAUUGACUGUAUUGAUGAUGUCAAAUUUCCAAAACAUUUGUACCAUCUUGACUUAUCGGACAACCUUUUGAGCUCUAUUCGAAAUACUAAUCUACGUCAAGCAAAACAUUUACGGAAAAUGAAUUUGUCUCGUAAUCGAUUCAUCAGUACAAACAAUAUUGAUAUUCCCAACAGUUUACUAGCCAUAAAUAUGUACUAUAACGAAUUACAUUCAUGCAAUAUCCCAGAUACAAAUCUAACAAAGCUUGACAUUGAACUUUCAGCGGGUACCGAAUUCGGCUGGAACAUGCUCCCAACGACCUUGAUGUACGUUACAAUAAAGGGAGAUGGUCACUACUUUGAGCAGGUACCAAGCACUUUCCAAAGCUUAAGAAAGUUAUUUCUUCAUUCAUGGCUUCAGCCUAUUCGAUUGCAAAAUUUAAACUUUUCCCAACUUUCCAAUUUAUAUGAUUUGGAAAUUUGCGCCGUUCAACCACAAAAGUGCAACAAGGUUCAAUUGCCCCAACCAAUAGUCAAUUUUUUCCUUCGGUUUCCACAGGGUACUGCUUGUCAGUGGCCCGAUUUGAAGCUGCAUAAACGAUUAAAGACACUUACCUUUGAGUCUGUUAGUUUUGAUGAGAUAGAUUUGGAUACGUUACCACUUAGUUUGGAAGAAUUAAAAAUAUCAUAUUCCCAUGAGUUUCCUGCUCGUGGAUCUGUUCGACAUCUUACAAAUUUGAGAGUAUUGGAUAUAAGCGAUGCGUUAAUCAAUGGGCUCCCAUCAUUUUUCGUUGAUCUGCCCGAGUCAUUGACUGUCUUGAAAAUCGAUAACAAGAAAAUUGCGGCGAAUUGUGCCGAUUAUAUAAAUUGUUCUAACUUGCAAUUGCUCACGGUGUUCAGAUUUGGAUUAGACCUUUAUGAAGAAAGGGAUAGUGUCGUGGCAUUCAUUUCUAACAUGAUUGCAAAGUGUCCUAAGCUACAUAGGGUGUUUGUGCGUGACGAUGAUGCAGAGGAUUACACUUUCCAGCAGUUUGGCGACCUUAUUAAACCACAGCUUGGCUAUAGCAGUCACCCAGAACGUUGGUGUAGAUAA